AUAAAUCAUAAAAAUGUAUUUUAGAGUUUAGACAUUCUAAUCAUUCUAUAUAAUAUUUAUUAGUUCUACAAUUAUACCUACGACGUACCUUGUAUCUACUUCACUGUUUGCAAUAAAUAUAAUUAUAUUUUAUCGACAAAUUCAUUACGAUUGUCGAUAUUCGUGAAUAUAUAUUUUUUUAAAAUGGCUGCUCGAGAAGCUUCUAAAUGUGCUACUAAAAUAGUUCGACCACUAUUAUCAUCUGAUAAAUCAGAAGCUAAGAAAAGAGUUUUAAAUUUAUAUAAAACAUAUUACAGGCAAAUUCCGUUGAUGUUGUUUGAUCGCCAUUUACCCGUUUCAAAAGAAGAAUGUCAAAUUAAGUUGAAAGAAGAAUUCUUAAAAAAUAAACAUAUUACUGAUGUUAGAGUCAUUGAUAUGUUAGUUAUUAAGGGACAGAUGCUGUUGCAAGAAAUUGUCACAAAAUGGGCCCAGGACUGUCACAUAAUGACAUUAUUUAAAGAUACUGUUGAGCCAAAGCCAAAUGAUUUUUUGUCAAAAUUUGUUAAUAAUAAUGACUCUCAAUAGUUAAAAUAAUGAACAAUUUCUCUAUUUGUUAUUAGUUGAUACAAUUAAUUGGAAAUACAUAGGCAUAUAAAAUGCAAAUAAGUUUUUUGUUGUAACAUAUAAUAUAAAAAGUAGAUUCAAA